AUGUGGGUAACACCGGGCAGAGCUUUGAAGUCAGUGUGUUCCGAUGCCCAGGAGCUGGAUAAAAACGAGUUCCAGAAUUGUUCCCUGCUGCUGAAAUGUAUCCAGAGAUUCUUCAAAGAGGACUCAGACCAGGAGGAGUCUUUGCUUAUCCAGCAGGGACUGAUCCCAAAGAUGGUUUCCUGGUUUGAAACGAUGACGGGCUUUCUGAUGACCGAAGUGCUGGCCUCGGAGGCACUGCUGACCAACGCCGUGGAAGACUUCCUCGACACAGCACUGAUCGUUUCCAGGCAUAGCAGGACAGGGACAAUCCAGAUGCUGGAUUCCUUCAUACUUCGUUUAGGAUUCCUGGUGACAGAAGGCUCGGUGAAGCCCUACAUUCAGCAGGAGGCUCUGAAGACCGUGAACUGCAUUUUGAACGCUGCACCCCGGGAAGAGAGAAGAAAGCUCUCUUCGACAGAAGGCGCACGCUGUCUUAUGAAAGAAUUGGCAAGAACGAUCUUGACCGUGGGCGAUUAUAGCCAGCAGGUCGCGCUCUCUGAGGCGCUAUGUCGAAUGGCUGUUGGAUCAUGGAGGAAUGAACUCGCUACUCAGUGGUUUGAGGAUACCGUCCUGGCUGAAGCUUUCAAAGAAGUUAAGAAUUGGGAGUUUGAGACGGACUGUCGGCAGUUUCUCAAUUUCCUCAAUAACAGACUCGGCGACCAGAGAAGGGUCUACUCAUUCCCAUGCCUGGCUGCUUUUGCCGACGCUCAGGAGAUGAGAAAACCAGCAGAUGAAAAAUUAGAGGAAUUUUGGAUCGAUUUCAACCUAGGAAGCCAGAGUGUGACUUUUUACAUAGAUAACGCAGAGAGUGCUCUGUGGGAGCCAGUACAACUUUUGAAGGAAGCCGUGACCAAAUUCUUCAUUAUCGAAAAUGAAAGCAUAAAGAUGUUCAUUGUUUACCUGAAGCAGCCAAUUGUUAUCAGCAAGAGAGAAGCAAAGAAAAUAGAAAUCUACUUCGAUAGGCAACUUGACAUAUCACAAGCUUCCAUUCAAGCUUUGGAAGAAGACGAACAGGCCCAUUCAUUUCAGGCUUCUGUUUUGAUAAAAGUCUCCUCUGGCCUUGAAAAAGAAGAUGGUGAGAUUCCUAGUAGCCUCGAAGGAGAAACAGAGGAUAAAGAAGAAUCCACAGUCCUGCCAGAGUUCGUGGAUGCUGAAGUUGACCAAUGCCUAAUAACUCGCCGCUUUAACGUCCAGUCGGUGCCCACUCAAACAAAAUCUGAGGACUGUUCACCUGAAAACUCAAAGCCAGAUGAGCCCGAACAAGUUACUUCAGAAUAUGAGUAUUCUGUGGAUGUGCAAGAUCUGUCAAUUCAAAAUCAGGCUUCCACAUUAAAUAAUACAAAGGAAGAGUCUGCCUUUGCGAGGGACAGAGAACAGGGCAGAAGGAUGUCGUUUAAUGAUAGGAAACAUUACAUCUUGGAGAGUAACGAAGGUUCAAGUUCAAAUACCAGUGAACGAUCCUGGACCCAGAACCACAAAAGGAAAUCCCUAAGAACUUACUCCCAGAGGAGGAAGACGAGAGUCAGCUCUCUACGGAUCCUACCACUCUCCCCCAUCAGAAGUGGCCGUGUUCCUGAGAAAGAUGAAGCCGAGCUAACACCACUAUGGAAAGGCAUCCCCAGGAGAAACAAUUCCACUCCUCUAAACAUUUCUGAGACAAAACUACGAGAAAGUUCUGUGCUGUUAACGCCUGAGGCAUCUACACAGAAAAUAGGUACUUGAUUCGAGAUGCCUGAACGUAGGGGCUCAGAACCCAGCUCCUCCACAAAGAAGACAGGAGAGACAGAUGGUCUACACUGGAGAGAAUUCCAAAGUCCUCAUUCGUCCAGCAGUCUGUCUUCCUUGGAGCGCCCGGAAGUAGAGAAAAAUGAACCCCAGAUUGUGAACUGCGAACCAUUCAUGGGGAACCGUAGCUCAAAGCACAAGCUAGAAAGCUCGGAACACAGAGAGACACCCGAUGGGAGUGCUGUUGCCCUAAAGCAGUCAAGAUUAGAAGAUGCUCCAGGAUCCCCCAUUGUGGCAGACAUUUCUACUCCAUCUCAAGAAGAUGUGCCAGAAAACACAAAUAGUUCUGCUUUAAAAAUGGCCUUUGAAAACUUCACUAGAGAUCUGAAAAGAAAAUUUGAGCUUAGGCUCAAGCAGAGGGAGAUUCCACUCUCUUCAGAAAAGGCAAAGGAAGUGCCAGCUUGCCUAAUCAGACUUUGGAACCAGAUACACACAUGCAGACAGGACAAGCUGGAGGGGUUUCACAGCUCUGUCCUUCAGGAGCUGGGCAGCUUGGAGAAGGAUCUUCAAACACUGGAAUGCCUCGAGAAGGAUGCUCUGGCAAGUUUACUGUUUGUGCUGUCCCUGGGAAAAGAGAGGACCUCUUCUAGGCCAAAAAGCAUGGAUUGUUUAGUCAAAACCUCUUGUUUCAUUCCAGGAGUUUUGGGAGAGACAGUCGGCCGACUUGCAAUCCUUUUGUGAUCAGCAAGUGUGGAGGUACUAUACAACUAUUCUUUUAAGAAGUAUCUUUUGUUGUUGCCUUGAUGUUUCUUUGUUAGAGACCGGUUUCAAUAUGGAGCCCUGGCUGUUCCAGAACUCACUUUGUAUUCCAAGCUGGCC